CCCUUGUUCAUAUCUGCUGACUCUCUCACUUCAAUCAGAAACACUUGAAAUGCUGAAGAAAGAGUAAGAGGAUAUUUUCUACAUUCUGCUAUGAAGAUUUUUCAAACCAGGAUCCUACAUCUAAAUUUGUGUUUGAUGAUUACUUUACUGACUGGUCCAGAUUACUCCAGAUCUAAUCGAGAGCAAAAGAUACGGCAGCACAUCUACAAAACGGUGUAUGUGGGGGAAACAGUUGCACUUAACUGCAACAAAACCCAAUAUGAUGACGAUUUAAUAUGGAAAAUUAACAACUCCGUUAUUUUUAGUCAAGACUCUAACAGUAACAGAACAAUGAGAAACUUGAGCUCAAACAGGAUUCACAUCGACACUGCAGAUCCAAGAGAAUUAACAAUAGAUCAAAUACAAGCGUCUGAUGCAGGAAACUACAGCUGUUACCCAGCAGCGAUAAGAUGGACAUUAACAGUAACAGAAAACCACAUCCGACCAGAAUCAUUCAAACAAAUGCCGCUGUACAUCAUCAUAAUCAUCUCAUGUUGUGGAGUAAUUAUGAUCUGUAUGAUCAUCAGCAUCACCAUUUGCAUUCACAGGAGAUGGAAAAACAGCAAAGAUUCAAGUCAAAGAGAAGCCGGACAGAACUUUUCACAGGCACCAGCCAGAGGAAGGAUACAGACUCAAACCAGCCAGUACAUUGAAAGAUACAACUCAGUAUAUGGACAAAUAUGAUGGAAUUUAUUAUUAGGGUAACACUUUACAAUAACAUUACAUGAAUAAUCAUACUAAUACAAAUAUUAAAUGUAACUUAAGUUAAGACAUGCACUUGUCAAGAACUAACCUUAACCCUCUGUUGUUCAUUUGGGAGACACUUGUGUUGUUCGUGGUCAAAAGUGACCAAACACCUGGAAAAAAAUGUUCUUCAGUAAAAUCAAUGUAAUAUAUUUUUGAUCCAUAAUAUUUUUAUUUUUAUUUUGAUAUAAUUUAUUGUUGCUAAUUAAUAUUUAUGAAAUAAUUAUGACAAAAUCUUUCCAACUGAUUUUUUUUAAAUUACUUUUCAAUUAAGGCAGUAUUUCAUGUUAGAAUACAGACAAUGUCUUUAAAAUCAAAUUUUUGAAAGCAGAUCAGUGCCAUCUGGUGGGAGUAAAAAAAGAAAAACAUCUGCAAUUCCAUGGUUUAGCCACUGGAUUCACACACACACACACACACACACACACACACACACGGACACACACACACACAUAUAUAUAUAUAUACACACACACUGUACACUGAACAAAAUUAUAAAUGCAACACUUUUGUUUUUGCCCCCAUUUUUCAAGAGAUGAGUGGCAUUUUAUAUUGUCUAGUCUAAGGCACACCUGUGCAAUAAUCAUGCUGUCUAAUCAGCAUCUUGAUAUGCCACACCUGUAAGGUGGAUGGA